AUGGCAAAUGAUAUAAAAGAGCCUAUCCCUCGCAAUGUGUGUUCUCUGGGGGAUACAGUGUCAAAUUCUGUUACCCAACAAACAGGCAUAAUUACUACGGAGGCAGCGGCCUUCUCUCCUCAAGAUAUCUUCGAAGCAUGCCGACUGGGUGACGCUUCGCACGUUAGAUUCCUCCUGGACAGUGGUGUUUCAGUUAAUCUGAAGGAUGCCACAGGACGUAAGUCCACUCCCCUGCAUUUUGCGGCUGGAUAUGGCCGAUUGGAAGUGGUUGAGCUACUAUUGGUGCGAGGAGCGGAUGUUUCAGCAAAGGAUGAUGGUGGCCUUAUCCCCCUGCACAACGCAUGCUCAUUUGGACACGCAGAAGUUGUACAACUGUUGCUCGCGGCCCACUCAGACCCGAAUGCGCAAGAUAACUGGCAUUACACUCCCCUGCACGAGGCUGCGAUCAAGGGGAAAGCCGAAGUCUGUAUCCUCUUACUACAGGCACACGCAGAUCCACUGUUGCGCAACCUCGAUGGCAAAACUCCCCUGGACUUUGCGGAGAACACCACUGCCCUGGUGUUGUUGGGUGAAUUUCGCAAAGGCGACCUGCUCGAGGCCGCUCGCGCCGGCAAAGAAGAUAAGCUGGUGGCCUUACUGACUCCGCAAAAUGUGAACUGUCACGCGGACGAUGGCCGCAAGUCAACACCCCUGCACUUAGCCGCUGGCUACAACAGGUGUGCCUUCUAG